GUGUGACCUUAGGUCGGCCGAUACCGGCCGAGGCCACCAGAUUCCUUGCAGCGUCUGCAGUCUCUAUCAUAUACACAGCUUCACUGCGUCGUGAAUCAUAAUUUCCAAGAUGAUCGUAGCGCAACUUCUGGCAGCACUCCUGUUAGAUUUAGCAACAGCUUCACCACACCAGGGAAUCACAAUACUUCAUAUAUCAACAGAUCAGACAGUAAAUAUUGGAGAAAGAGUACAAUUAGACUGCAGAGUAAAUAAUGGAGGAAAUUAUUCAGUGAUAUGGUUGCAUAUUGAUCCUAACAGUCCAGAGACUCCAUUAAUUAUAUCCAAUGGCAGUUCACUUCUUACUCAUAAUGCACGAUAUUCUGUGGUAACUGAUACAGCCACCUCAGAAUACUGCCUGUUGAUAAGAGAUAUUCAUGAUACAGAUGAAGGACAUUAUCAGUGCCAAGUGGUAAUUAGUCCAAAUGAAAGAAUUACCAGAGAAGUGAAACUACAAAUAUGCAAACCACCUGUGAUCUUAAACAAUUCAACAAGCACACUGACCCUAAGGGAAGGUCAGUCAGUCACACUGGAAUGUUUUGCCACUGGCUAUCCUCCACCGCAAGUUUCUUGGCGCCGAGAGAACAAUAUACCUCUUCCAUCAGGUGCUACAAUUUACAGGAGCAAAAUACUACAAAUACACACAGUCAGAAAGGAGGAUCGAGGAGUUUAUUAUUGUGUGGCUGAUAAUGGAGUGGGAAAGGCAGCAAGACGUAGUAUUGAACUGAAUAUUGAAUUUGCCCCCAUAGUUAAUGUGGCCAGGCAGAGAGUAGGACAAGCUCUCCAGUAUGAUGCUGACAUAGAAUGUACUGUGGAUGGUUCACCAGAUCCUAGUGUUUACUGGAUUAGAAAUGGCACUGUCUUACAAAGUAACAACAAAUACAUGAUAGCCUAUUUCAGCAUGCGAGCAGGCCAUUCAUCGGCUGUUUUACGCAUAACCAAAGUUCAGGCAUAUGAUUAUGGGAUUUAUUUGUGUAAAGCAUCUAAUAAAUUGGGAGCAUCUACUGGAACAAUAGAAUUCUUUGUGUUCCCAGGGAUACGGAAAUCAGCUGCAAUUGCUGCUGGACGCAACAGUUCAUUUCCAGUAGCAGCAUUCCUCAACACAAUGAUGUUCAUAGUACUGAUUGAAAUUGCUCAGCAAAUUGCUCAUAUGUGGUGCAUCAAGGCAAGCAACCGGUUACAGGCAAUAUCACAUUUGUCGGACUUCUGUGAUUCGUCACUCAUGUGUGGGGCCCUUAAAACAUCAUGGGAAACUAUUGUGAAUAGUGGUUUGAGAAUGAUUACUUUCAAAGUAAAUUUCCUUUUAAGCAAGAUGAAUUUUGUUACAUGUGAGAAUGUGUGAUAAAUUUCUUAAAUCACA